AUCAGAACGCGGGCAUUGCAACAAACCGGAAACAGUCAUUGAAAAAUUUUACUACAGUGAGUAAAGUGGCUUCGCUACGUUGCAAAUUUGGUGUUUGAGUGGGUUUAUAUUGUUGCAUUUCUAUCGCUUUUUGUAACGUUCUCUAUUGUGAUCGAUUGCUGUUUUGUAUCAUGAGUGUUGCAAGAAUGGCUAGGCAGUCUUCUACGGGUUCUCCAAAACGUUUUGAGUUAGGAAUCAGCCGGUCUUGUUGUCGAAAUUUAUUUGGUCCUAUUGACCACGCUCAGCUACGUGCUGAAUUAGAGGCAGAGUUGAGGCGAAUUGCGGACGAGAAGAAACGUCGUUGGAAUUUCGAUUUUAUGGAGGUUAAACCUCUUGACGGGGAAUUUCUUUGGCAGAGAGUUGGCGAAAAUCGUAGCGUUGGAUUUGCCACAAACGAGGAAUCGAUUACCAGUCCAGCGACUGUCAGAAUCACGCCACAACAUUCGAAUGAUGCUGUAAUAACGCACGCUGAAACGAGUGUUACCACGAGAAAUACCUCGAGAAAUAGAACAUCAGACGCCCCAAAAAGUUGUUUCGAAACGCCUGAACGAUUGAGCGCAAAACGACUACGGAAAUCACCGCGGAUUACAGGUAUUUGUGUGUGAUCAGUGUGAAUUUUACUCGAUUAUUUUUGAGUAUUAUUUUAUACAGAUGUCAUGAUGUGACCUCUAUAAAUAACUUCCGUCAAUUGUCGGUAAAAGUAAUUCAAGCCUGUCGUCUAGUUUAUAACUUGAAAUCAAUGUAAAUAGUUUUCGAUUAAAACUCACAAACAUAUAGAAUAAAUUUGAGCACACACAUUUGUAAAACAGGCAACAGGCUUGGAACCUAUUGUUCAAAAUUGUAGCUUGUAUAAAAUACAUUUUUUUAUCUAUGGUAUUUGCUGUAUUAUUCAAGCGCGUCUGGCACUUGAAAUCUUGUUAUAAUCAACUAAAUUUUGACUUCUAUUUUGGUGAAAACAGUUCAAAAACCUCUACAAUAGUGCCUUAACAUUCCUUCUUAGAAUUGCUUUUAUCUAUAUCACAAAAAUGCGGUAGUUUUCAAAUUAAAACGUGGCGAAAAUAUUUUUGUAAACCGCGGUGUCAUCUAUUGUCAUGAAAUGCGGAACUAUUAAGGUUGUAUGUCUGUCGCAAAUAUCUACCCAAUAUUGCUCAAAAACCGGUCGAUCUUUCGUUCUUUGUCCAAAACACCUUCUACUAUAGUAACUUGUCUUUUUAACUAACUCCCAAACACGUUUUCUUUUAGAUUAUUUGCGAGCGAAGAAAGGAUCGAGCACAUCUAGGCGGAUAAAAUUCUCCAGCGAAGCGGGAGGCCCUAAACUAUGUAGACCUGUUCAGACAAGAAAGACGAACAGCAGGAGCCGACCGGCUAAACAAUCGACGUUGGAUCAAUUUAUGUCGAAGGUAUGUGCAAUUAGGCACAAAUUAAACAAAACUACUUGAAAGCUGAGCAAAAUCAGGAGAUUUGGUCACGAAACACUAUCAACUAAUGGUGGGCAACACGUAGCAGUCUUCUUUUACAGUAGGAGUUGUUCAUAUGGAGCUGGACUGGCCAGGAUGAUUUGUUUAUAAAUUAAUAAAGCUCGAAUCACAGCUUUGAUAAACAGCCAAAAGUAUAAAGCAGUAUAAAGUUCAUUCAAACAAUCGUUUAUUGUCAGCAUGGAUAAUAAAAUAAAUAUGUUAUUUUACAAUCCAUGUUGUCAGGAAAAGGAUUUUGUUACACGAUUCAUAGGAAACAAGUGAAUAAAAUUGGUAGAUGUAGUUUAAUCCGCCACCUCUAGGAAGGACAGUUUAGAAUUGACAGAUAUAUCCAGUAUAAAGUAGUUUGGUUCUAAGUGAUUGUUGUUUUAUUCUGUUUCAGCUCAGACCAAGACAGUCAAAUGGAAAAGUAUCUAGCUGAAAAGGACAAGUUAUGAACAUAUAAAACAAGCUAAAGUUGUAAAUAUUUUUACCUGGCAUGAAGGUCCACAGUCUGCUUCUCAAAUCCCAAAUUCCGCGCUCAAAUUUUCCAACUAUUGUGCACUUUUUUGCAGUUUUUUAAGGUGAUAAGACCGGUAUCAAAAUUGUACACUAUCAGGGGUAUACCAAGUGUAGCCCUUACCUUGCAGCAAAAUGGGUUUGACAUGGUUGAUGCAUGGUCAAUGCUGUGUUAUCAAGAAAUACAUUGAUGAUAAAUGGUUGUGAAAAUUUGCUUGCUCUGAUAUACAAUGCAAACAUGUGCACACGUAAAAAUCUCACAUCUUGUAACAAGUCUGCCAACAAGUCAGCAAGAUGUAUUUGCACUGCUUGUCACAAGUUGUCAACAGGUUUGGAACAACUUGUUGACAACUUGUAACAACCUUGUCGAAAUUAUCAGACUUGUUGCAAGGUUGUUCUGACAAGUCUGUUACAUGCUUGAUAUAACAAGAUUGUUACAACCUUGUGUCGUCAACCUUGUAACAUCCUUGUUAUAUCAUGGCUGUAACAAACUUGUUAGCACAGUCUUGUAACAAGGCUGAUAAUGCCAUCAAGCUUGUUACAAGUUGUUAACAGCUUGUUUCAAACUUGUUACAACAAACUGGGAACAAGCAAUGCGAACACAACUUGUUGACAGCUUGUGAACAGACUUGUUUACAGCUUGUUUGCAGACUUCUUACAACUUGGGCAUUUUCACAUGUGCAGGUUUGAUUGCUCUGAACUCAGCUUUAAACAUUAACUGCAUCCCCUAAAACGUUUUGUGGGCCUUUGUCUGGGAUUUGAAAUCAUCACUCUCUUCAAAUUUUUAUUCAACAUUGACUUUUGGUAGAUAAAAGUAUAAAAUUUACGUUCCUGGUUGAGUUUUAAAAUGUAGUCACAGACAUUAAGAUGACUAAAAAUGAAAAAAAUUAAAUUAUUAUCAUACGAAAAUGAUAAAUUAAUG